AUGCGUAAACACAAAUACACUCAAUCCUAUAUCGAAAACAAUGAGAAUGCAACACAAGAUGCAAAAGAAAUGAGGAAAAGAAGAAGAGCUAUAUUGCAAAGUCGUAAAACAUCUUCCCAGGUUAUGUUAUUAACUUUAACAUUGGCUUUUCCCAAUCGUAUAUUAUCAAAUAUUACCAAUUGUAUGUCAAAACCAGUUGAAACCAAAAACAAAUUGUUUAAAACUACUAAACCCUCCAAUUCUGCAUUUGUUAAAGCACCUUAUUCUCCACCUGUUACUAUAUCUUCAACCACAACAUGCGUAACUCUAUCAAAUAGAAAUAACCCAUCAGUUACCACAUCACAUGUCUUCAACAACUCUUAUAUUGGAACUACUUCAACCAAUUCAAGUACAUUUGCUGCUUUAAACUCUAAAAUCUCUGGAAAACCUCAUUAUAAUAUUCGAAAUCCUUGCAAUGUUUAUAAAAAAUCUUCUUCAAAAAACAUUGGAAAAAAUAAUAUGAAUGCUCAAACUCUUUUACUUAAUCAGAAACUACAUGUUUCAAAAGAAAACAUUGCAUACAUUGACCAUGGGGAUGCCAUAUAUAAGUGUUCCAAAUGUAAUGCUAUGCUAUGGGAAGCUGAAAUGUUACGAGGAAAUCAUGAUCUUAAGAAAACUGCUUUUGGAUUUUGUUGUUCCUCUGGUGAUGUGCAACUGCCUCCACCACCUGAACCUCCAGCUGUUCUCAAAAAACUCUUUAAAGAAAAAAAUCAAAAGUCAAAUAAUUUCAUGUCUAACAUCAGAGCAUAUAAUAUGAUGUUCUCUUUCACUUCCAUGGGAGGUAAAAUUGAUAAGACUGUCAUGAAAGGUAAAGGACCAUUUGUGUUUCGACUUCAAGGUCAAAACUUUCAUCGUAUGGGAAGUCUUAUGCCUGGUCCUGGUGAACAACCCAAGUUUUCCCAACUCUAUAUAUAUGAUUCAGAAAAUGAAGCUGCAAAUAGAGAAAAAGCUGUAAGUGAUGGCAGAGACAGAAAAAAACAACCACUUGAUCAUAAUACAAUUGACAUAAUCAAGAAUAUGUUGGAUUUAAACAAUCCACUUGUCAAAUCAUUUAGAAUGGUUAGAGAUUGUGUCAAAGAUAAUGAUUGGGAAACUGUAGGUCUAAAACUUAUCGGUACAAGAAAACAAGAUGCAAGACAAUGCAAUUUGCCAACUACAUCAGAGCUUGCUGGUUUAAUAAUUGGUGAUAUUGAUGACAUGAUUGAUAAUCGAGACAUUGUUCUUCGUACUAAAGUUGGUGGUCUUCAACGAAUAAGUGAGCUCCAUCCCUCUUACUUGGCCUUGCAAUAUCCUCUUUUGUUCCCUUAUGGAGAAGAUGGUUAUAGGAUUGAUAUCAAACAUAGAGGCAUUCCACUUGACUCAAACAUUGUUCGAUCUAAAAAAAGCAUGAGAGAAUUUUUUGCCUAUAUGCUCCAAAUCAGACCGAAAUCUGGGUCAUUGUUGUUGUUUGCCAAGAAACUGUUACACCAGUUUAUGGUAGAUGCGUACACAAUGAUUGAGUCUGAACGUUUGUCUUACAUAAAAACACAACAAAAAAAACUCCAUACUGAAACUUAUAAAAAUUUAACCGCUGCUGUUGAAAAUGGCAAUGAUGAGGGUUCCUCGUCUGGUAAACGCAUAUUUUUGCCAUCUUCUUUUACUGGUGGAGCAAGAUACAUGAUGCAAAAGUAUUUGAUGCUAUGGCAAUUUGCAAAACGAUGCUUGGUUGAUAUAGACCUGAAGCCUGAAGACAGGCCUGAUAUUCUCUCUAGAAUCUUCAAAAUUAAAUUGGAUUAUCUUAUACAGGAUUUGAAGACCAAUGAGUUUUUUGGUCCUAUUGAAGCAGUGAUCUAUACAGUAGAGUUUCAGAAACGUGGACUUCCUCAUGCUCAUCUUUGUUUGUUCCUCAAAGCUGGACAUAAAUUUCCCACUGUCACAGAUAUUGACCAUGUAAUUAGUGCAGAAAUACCAGACAAGGAAGAAGAUCCUGAAUUAUAUGAAUUGGUUAAACAAUUCAUGAUGCAUGGUCCUUGUGGUGCUGACAAUCCAAGUUGUCCAUGUAUGGUUCAACGAAAGUGCUCCAAAAAUUUUCCAAAAGAUUUCCAUGAAGAAAGCUCCGUAGAUUCUUCAGGAUAUCUUGUUUAUUGA